AAGAAGAGGGUAAAGAGUAGAGUUAAGUGGUGCUUUGCUUUGCUUACGUAUGGAGGGAAAUAUAAUUUAGUUUUUGAAGUUAGAGAGAGGGAGAGAGAGAGAGAUGAUGAUGAUGAACAGUCCAAAUGAGAAAUUUGGAGAGAGAGACAAUUGGAUUUGAAAUUGUGGAAUGGAACUGUUUCCAAAUGAAAACGAAAUCGAUGAUUUCGAUCAUGAAACGCCUUGACGACGCUCCAAACAUACGGCCGAUACGCUAAUCUUGAUUACCUUCAAUCAGGUCAAUCUAUGCUUUUAUCUUCCAUUAAUUCUCUUUGCUUCAACUUCACACCUCAUUUUCUCUCAUUUUCUCUUCUUCUCUUCCUUCAUUGCUUUCCCGUUUACAGAUUCCCGAUGCCGACUGCAAUUCAAGAAUACUCCUCCUAUAUUCUUAGGCACGGGCACUGGAUGAUUAGUGGCCUGAAUUGAUGUGAGAUGCAGCGGUCACGUAGAGCUCUUCUGCAGAGAAGAGCUUUAGAGAAAACUACCAAUGGGAGGAAUCGCUUGUAUAUGUUCUUUCUAUCCUUAAUAUUUGUGUCGUGGGGGCUAUUCUUCCUCUUUAGCUCAUGGAUCAGACAGGGCAACAGUCGUAAAGAUGGCUGCACCUAUCUACAAGAUAGCAUAUCGACUUGGAAUGAAUCCAAGUAUGAAAACUACAAGCAUUCUGAAAGCCGUCAGAAUAAAAAUUGUUCAGUUGCCCUUUUAAAGGAUCGGUUCAUAGACAGUGCAAAAUCCAGAGCCUUUGAUGAUGAUAUCUUUGUUCGUGAAGAAAAUGAAAAUCAUGACAAUUUUGAUGAGAAUGUAACUUUGCUUGCAUUUGGGGAGCUGCCUGACGUGAAGAAAGAUGAUGGCUUAGGAGUGAAUUUUGAAACUGAUGCUCUAAAUUCUGAUCGCCUAUCUCAUGUUUUACCCCUUGGUCUUGAAGUUUUCAAAAGCAGAGCAUUUAUCUCAGAAACCAAAACCAGAACUGGUCAAGUGGAAAGUACUUUACUUAGGUUAGAGCCUAGCGGUGCAGAAUACAACUAUGCAGCAGAUUCAAAGGGGUCAAAGGUAUUGGAAUUUAACAUGGAGGCCAAGGGAGCCUCAAAUAUAUUAGAACGGGACACGGACAAGUACCUCAGAAAUCCAUGUUCUGCUGAGGAAAAAUUUGUUACCUUGGAACUCUCUGAAGAAACAUUGGUGCGUACUAUUAAAAUUGCUAAUUUUGAGCAUCACUCUUCCAAUUUGAAGGAAUUUGAGCUUCUUGGAAGUUCGAUUUAUCCUACAGAUGUUUGGAUAAAGCUUGGAAACUUUACUGCUGCAAAUGCAAAGCAUGCUCAAAGGUUUGUCUUAAAGGAGCCAAAAUGGGUGAGGUACCUGAAAUUAAGACUUCUAAGUCAUCAUGGUUCAGAAUUCUACUGCACACUAAGUGUCUUUGAAGCUUAUGGAUUGGAUGCCGUUGAGGAAAUGCUGGAGGAUUUGGUUUCGGUUCAGGACAAUACCUUUAUAUCAACAGGACUUCCUGCCAACAAUGAACCGACAACAAAGUACGAGAAAGAGCAUCAUAACUACAACGGAGUAAUAUCCUCUUUAAGGAAUGAGGCGGAUAUAGUAGAGGACUUUGUUAAACAAGACAUACCGGAUAGGUUUCAAGAACUGCGCCCUCAUCAUCAAGCAGGCAGGAUGCCUGGGGACACUGUUCUGAAGAUACUGAUGCAGAAAGUUCGCUCAUCCGAUUUAAACUUGUCUAUCCUGGAGCGGUAUUUGGAAGAACUACAUUCCAAAUAUGGAAAUAUUUUCAAACAGUUCAAUGACGACAUUCGGGAGAAUGACAUACUCGUUGAGAAGAAUCAUGAAGACAUAAGGAAUCUCCUCAGAAUCCAGGAGAGCAUUGGUAAAGAUGUUAAUGAUCUCAUUUCUUGGAGGUCCUUUAUUUCUCUGCAGUUGGAAAAUCUACUCAGAGACAAUGCAAUUCUCAGAUCUGAGAUGAAUGAGGUUAGGGAGAAACAAAAUGCUCAAGAGAACCAAGACGGUACGAUGGUUUUUGUAUGUAUUGUUUUUUUAUUAUUUGGAGUGACAAGGGUGUUCAUAGAUGUGGUGGUUAGUGUUUAUAGAAGAACAAGAAGUAUGGAAAAGAAGAGUAAAUCUGGGAAAUUUUGUAUGACUUCUUCCUGGAUUUUGUUGCUUCUGAGUUGUAGCAUCUUCUUUUUCAUUCUUUUCUAGUUUGUAGUUUCAUUCGUAAGUAAUGUAUCCACACUUGCAAAUUUUGUGUA